AAGAAGAAAGUUGGGAGUUCCAAAAAUGGACAAAUCAUUCUCUUUUGAUUUUCUCUCCUCCCAGAAGAAGCCGCUCAGACUCUUCGGAAUUGAACUCAUCAACGUCCCACCAGCAUUAGAAGAAAAAGAAGAAUCAAGAAGAUCAAACGAUUCUUCUUCUUCUUCUUCCUCCAUCACACGCCGCCUGUGUGAUAAUCUCGAUGACAGACCAAUGAGAAACGUCAGGACUAGAACAUUAUUCCACUGCCAGUAUUGUUUGAAGGAGUUCACAAACUCACAAGCAUUGGGCGGUCACCAAAACGCCCACAAGAAGGAGAGGCUCAAGCAGAAGAGACUCCAGAUUGAAGCACAAAACUCCAGCCUUCGUCGUUACCUUCAAACUUACUUUAAUUCCCAUUUUUCCCAUGAAUUUGAUGGCUCCCACAUCAGCUUCACCUUCCGUACCAACAAUGAUUUUUCUGUUGCCUCUCCUGAUAUUCCUGCCUCUGCUCCUGAAUUUCGUCUCUUCCCAUUCUUCUGAUAUUUACAAUAAUAUGGCCCAAUAAUAAUGUAUGUAUUAGGAGUUGGUUCUAAAAUUAGAUAUUUUUCUUUAAUUACAAUAUAGACAUGUCUUAGCUUAGGUGCAUGCCCGAUAGCCCGCCCGUGUGGGUUAGCGUUACCAUCUAGUUCGUGCAUCUGUGUUUUUCAAUAGCUGUAGUAGGCCUUUGUUUUCUGAACCUCUCUCCUUCUUUCUCUUCUCUGAAAUAGUUACGUUGUUGAAGAUUCUUUUGAAAUGCUUCUUAGUUUUCCUCAACUAUUUAUGAGGUUCGCUUCUAUUCCAAACUCUGCUUAGUUUAUAUUACAUCUUUUCAACA